AGUUUGACCCCAUGAUAAUAUUAGGAGAGGAUUGAAUAGUAGUGAUUAUAGUGAUAAUUUUUAUGGAAGAUUUUUCAUCUAUAAAAUCGUUUUAGUUACUUAAAUUCAUUCAGGGUAUGAUCCCAACAUACAUUUUGAUAAAACAAAAAGAUGACCGAUAGCCGCGCAGUUCAGAAGCUGUAUAAGAUCUGUAAGGGAAAUCUUGCCUGAAGAAGUGGUACCUCCACCAUCAGAUAUUGCCAGAUUGAAGGCUGUUCUUGAUGCUAUCAAACCAAUAGACGUUGGGCUUCAGGGGAAUGAAAGAGUGAGCUCAGACAAUGAAGAAGAGAGGCUGUUUUACAGUAAUUUGGGUGCACACAAGAGGCAAAGAGUGAGCAGGGGCACAACACUCAUAGCUUCCCCACAAUCAUCUCAUCCUCAGCCUGUCACAUAUGUGCACAUUCAUGAAUGUGGCAGUUUCUCGGUAAAUACAACUAAACCCUCACAUUUUCUGCAAUGGUUUUAAGUUGCAGAGCUUCCAGGUACCUAUCAUAUAAGAAAUCUUUGGUGCAGAUUGGGAUUUUUUGUCUGUCAAAAUCAGCAGUAAUCCCUCUGCAUGACCACCCUGGAAUGACAGUGUUCAGUAAGGUUUUAUAUGGCUCAAUGCACGUUGCUGCUUAUGAUUGGGAUGACCAACAUCAUCAUACUCAGCAUUUUUGUGGAAUGAGGUUAGCCAAGUCGAAGGUGGACUGCAUUUAUAAUGCUUCAAGUGGGAGCUCUGUAUUAUAUCCAACAAGUGCAGGGAAUAUACAUUGUUUCACAGCACUGACAUCCUGUGCAGUAUUGGAUGUCAUCUCUCCACCUUAUGCAGAUGGGGAUCCCUCCUAUUAUGCCCUCCAUCUUUAUUUGGACCUUUCAAGACCAUGGGAAGAACUCAUAGAUUACAAGGAGUGCCAGGAUUUUGUGUGGUUGGAAGAGAUAGAGAAACCACAUAAUUUCAAAGUCGAGGGCCAAACAUACACAGGUCCCAUAAUCAAUGUUAUUUGAAUUUUGUUUUAUUUUUGCUAG